AUGGAACUUGACGAGGCAUCCACAGCUAACGGCUAUUAUGAUCGAAUCAAGGCUAUUUGUGGACAAAUCAGGGUCAAAGUUUUCGAAGCACUUCAAAGGCUUAGACAGAAUAAUGCUCUAUAUCGUAAUGUUACAAUUAAUCAAUUAAUAAUCAGCAAAUUACCUGAAGAUGAUGUACCGGAGUGUUUAUGGGCAACCAUGGAAGUUUCUACUAAUGUAGAAGCAGCUGAAAAUGAAAGAGCAAGUUACCUUCCUGAUCCGUUGACCAAUGCAUCUGAAUUUAACAAUACAACAGCUAUACCUAUAAUCUCAAGUGCUGUGUUAGAUGUCAAUAGUACCAAAGUGUCGUCUGAUGAAGUUGCUGAACAUCUUUUAGAACGAAUCAAAGCACAAGUGCCAGAAAAAACACACGGAAAAGACACCGAGCAAAACUCUAAACAAGACACUGUAUACAUAAUUCCUCGUGGCAACAAACCGGCCAAUGAAUAUUCUAAUCCAAAUCUUUUAUUAGAAAUCUUUCCUACCCUAUUCCCAUAUGAAUGUGGUGGGCUUGAGGAUGGUUCUCGACCGAUUCAAAUCAAUUUUCGUGAGCAUCUCAGAUAUCUUCUUUCGUAUGCAGAUCGCCGCUUUGAAGAACACUAUUCAUUUAUAUUCGUUGUCUUCAAUAUUUUACAAUGCCGAACAGCAUGUUUCCACGCCCAAUUAAUGAUAACAAGAUCGUGGUUUCAACAAUCUGCACAAGUUCUUAACUCAUUGAGUUCUGAAGAUGUAGCAGCAGCCCUUAUUAAUAUCUCAAAAGCGCCUUAUUCACUGACGAGAGAAUAA